AAACUCUUCCUUUUACCCCAUGCACGCAAACCUUCUUUCCUAAAGCCAAUACCCACCGUCUCACUUUCUUUUUUAAGCUCCUUUUCUCUCAAGUUAACUUAAAAAGACUUAUUUACAAGUAACUCAUUAUAUACAACCAAAACCUUACACAAACUAAAAGGUUUUUUGGUGGGAGUUUGCUCAUUUAGGAAUGAAAGUGCCCAUUUCAACCCCUCAAACUUGCAACACCACCACCGGAAAACCAGUUUCUACCACUAAUCCCUCUCUGAAUACCACUUUUCAUUCUUCACCCACUAACAAUAAUUACGAACCCACCUCGGUUCUCGACCUUCAAAGGAGUCCUAGCCCUGCCGCCGCCGCUGCUACCACCAAAGCAGUCACCCCGCCGUCCUCCGACACAACCAACACCACCCAUCAUCCCCCUACGUCGACCGUUGAUCUGGACAAUUUGGAAGGUUGGGAUUCAAUAUUAUCUGAACUGGGGCUGAAUGAUGAUUCAAAUUCAAAUAAUUCUAAACUUAAUUUAUUAUCUCAAAUCAGUCCAUGUGAUUCCCACAUCAAUCAUGUUCUUCCUGAUUUCCCAUCAUCACAACCCUUUGAUCACACUCAACCUUCUUUAAGCUUACCCUCAGAUUACUCCAACUUUUGUGAUUUUUCCUACAAUCAAACCCUAACCCCCAAUUUUGGACCAUUUGAUCCUCAUCAGUCGGCUAACUUUACUGGGUUCGGGCUUGAUUUUAUCGAUGAUCUCUUACGUGCAACUCAAGCCUUCGAAUCGAACGAUCUACAACAAGUUCAAGUGAUAUUGGCACGGCUCAAUCAACGGCUUAGAUCUCCUGUCGGAAAACCCCUUCAAAGAGCUGCCUUCUUCUUCAAGGAAGCUCUGCAACAUGUAACAAACAAUAUAACCACCAAUAAUUCUUCACCAGUGGGGUCCACUCCAUCUCGACCCCCUAGGCUUACUUCCUUCGAGGUUGUUCAAACUAUCCGGGCCCACAAAGCCUUCUCUGCAAUUUCCCCAAUUUCACUCUUCUCUACCUUCGCAGCGAACCAAGCUAUUCUCGAAGCAGUUGUCGAUGGAUCGCCUUUUAUUCAUAUAAUCGAUUUCGACAUCGGAUUUGGUGGACACUGGGCGUCGUUUAUGCGAGAGCUUGUCGAUAAAGCUUCCGAUCAAGCAAAGUUAGCCACCGCCAUGGUGCUUCGAAUCACUGCGAUUGUUCCUGAAGAAUUUGGUAUUGAGAGUAGACUUGUUAAGGAGAAUCUCACUCAAUUUGCUCAAGAUUUAAAUCUUAAUUUUCAUAUUGAUUUUGUUUUAAUUCCUACUUUUGAGAUCUUAUCUUUCAAAUCAGUGAAAUUUAUCGAGGGAGAGAAAUUAGCUGUUCAUCUUUCUCCUGGAGUGUUUAACCGUUUCUCGAACAAUUCUCGAAGUGGGAUCUCGAAAUUUCUCGGUGAUCUUCGUGGGAUAUCGCCUAGUUGUGUUGUGGUGGUUGAUAAAGAGGUUGGAAUUGAUGUUGGAACGGUGUCGUUUGGACAGAAUUUUCUUAAUGGGAUGGAUUUCUACACAGGGAUUAUGGAGUCCAUCGAGAUGGCUGCCGUUGGUGGGUUUACCGGCGGCGGAGAUUGUUUAAAAAGAAUCGAGACGUUCGUGUUGCGGCCAAGGAUUUUUGCGGCAGUAGAGGCGGCAGCGAGGGUGACGACAGGGCGGAGAACGACUUGGAGGGAGGCGUUUGUGGCGGCGGGGAUGCGGACAAUGGGGUUUAGUCAAUUUGCCGAUUUUCAGGCGGAUUGCUUAUUGAAGAGGGCUCAAGUUGGUGGAUUCCAAGUGGCGAAGCGCCCUGGGGAGAUGAUGCUUUUCUGGCAAGAUCGGCCACUUGUUGCCACAUCAGCUUGGCGGUGUUAGGCCAGAUAUGCCACGUGACAAAACUACAAGCAAAGUUAUGAAGAGAAGAUGUGUGCAUAACUUAUGUGGGAUGUUGGACAUGUUAUCAAGUUUUAGUUACACCUUGUUAUUUUUAUUUAUGUUGUUAUUUUUAUUUUUGUUGAAGGGAAAAAAAAAGGAAAAACCUGUAUUAUUAGUGCUUUACUUUUUAAUUGGGUAAAUAAUUAGGGGGAAUACAAGGAAAAAACUCCUACAAAAUCGUCCCUAUUUUUAUAUUUGUGUGUUUUAAACUUAACGACAAUCAGACGUAAUUAUUUGUUUUUAUUUGGUUGGAGAAGGGCUAGAAAACUCUUUAGGUUAUUAGGCCUAAUGCAUACUCCAUAUUAUGUCAACUUAAAAACUCUUUAGGUUAUUAGGCCUAAUGCAUACUCCAUAUUAUGUCAACUUAAACAUUAGAUGAUUUAUAUUGUACGUUCUUUAGAACUUUAAUGUUAUUAUAGUUGAUGACUUAUUAAAAAUAUUAUAAUUUGCUCUCGUA